AUGAGUUUAACACAGGCGUCAGCAGGGAAAGGGCCUCCUCCCUGCCCCUCACCUCAUCUCCUCCCUGCCCCUCACCUCAUCUCCUCCCUGCCCCUCACCUCAUCUCCUCCCUGCCCCUCACCUCAUCUCCUCCCUGCCCCUCACCUCAUCUCCUCCCUGCCCCUCACCUCAUCUCCUCCCUGCCCCUCACCUCAUCUCCUCCCUGCCCCUCACCUCAUCUCCUCCCUGCCCCUCACCUCAUCUCCUCCCUGCCCCUCACCUCAUCUCCUCCCUGCCCCUCACCUCAUCUCCUCCCUGCCCCUCACCUCAUCUCCUCCCUGCCCCUCACCUCAUCUCCUCCCUGCCCCUCACCUCAUCUCCUCCCUGCCCCUCACCUCAUCUCCUCCCUGCCCCUCACCUCAUCUCCUCCCUGCCCCUCACCUCAUCUCCUCCCUGCCCCUCACCUCAUCUCCUCCCUGCCCCUCACCUCAUCUCCUCCCUGCCCCUCACCUCAUCUCCUCCCUGCCCCUCACCUCAUCUCCUCCCUGCCCCUCACCUCAUCUCCUCCCUGCCCCUCACCUCAUCUCCUCCCUGCCCCUCACCUCAUCUCCUCCCUGCCCCUCACCUCAUCUCCUCCCUGCCCCUCACCUCAUCUCCUCCCUGCCCCUCACCUCAUCUCCUCCCUGCCCCUCACCUCAUCUCCUCCCUGCCCCUCACCUCAUCUCCUCCCUGCCCCUCACCUCAUCUCCUCCCUGCCCCUCACCUCAUCUCCUCCCUGCCCCUCACCUCAUCUCCUCCCUGCCCCUCACCUCAUCUCCUCCCUGCCCCUCACCUCAUCUCCUCCCUGCCCCUCACCUCAUCUCCUCCCUGCCCCUCACCUCAUCUCCUCCCUGCCCCUCACCUCAUCUCCUCCCUGCCCCUCACCUCAUCUCCUCCCUGCCCCUCACCUCAUCUCCUCCCUGCCCCUCACCUCAUCUCCUCCCUGCCCCUCACCUCAUCUCCUCCCUGCCCCUCACCUCAUCUCCUCCCUGCCCCUCACCUCAUCUCCUCCCUGCCCCUCACCUCAUCUCCUCCCUGCUCCCUGCCCCUCACCUCAUCUCCUCCCUGCUUACCCUCCUGAAUCCACUUGAUCUGCACUGCCCCACCACAUUGAAGCGCCUCCGCCAUAGCCUCCCUCCCCCACACACCUAUGCCUGCAACUGGCAACCCUAG